CCGAGGUUCAUUUCAUGGGUAUUUGGAAAGGCUGGCUGAGGGAGUGAGUGAGCGAAAGGUGGAGAGUGCUAGGCUUUAAGGUUCACAUUCUUUUUAGGCUGGCGGCUGACCUAAGCGUGCACCCCCCGACGAGAACGAUUUCGACCGUGCGGAGGCUAAUGAAAGCGACUGGAAUGAGAGAAAAAUAAAGUGAGAGCUGAUUUAAGAGUAAAGGAACGACAAGCAGAGGCACCGCGGUGGUAGACACCAGCCAGACAACCGUUAGCUACCGACGGAGAGAGAGAGAAAAGGAAAAAAUUAAAAGGGGGACGGUUUGACAUUUGUGUAAAGCGCACAGAGUAACCAAGUUGUGGAAACCUUAGUACACCGGGUAUGGCAGACGCAGACGUCGACUUCCAGACAGGCGAUGCCGGGGCAUCCGCCACCUUCCCCCAGCAGUGCUCGGCCCUGCGCAAGAACGGCUUCGUGGUGCUGAAGGGACGACCCUGCAAGAUCGUGGAGAUGUCCACCUCCAAGACCGGAAAACAUGGCCACGCUAAGGUCCACAUGGUUGGUAUUGACAUCUUCAACGGCAAGAAGUAUGAGGAUAUCUGUCCCUCCACCCACAACAUGGACGUCCCCAACAUCAAGAGACUGGACUACCAGUUGAUUGGGAUCACGGAUGGUUACCUGUCUCUGCUCCAGGACAGUGGUGAGGUGAGAGAGGACCUGAAGAUGCCAGAGGGAGACAUGGGCAAAGAGAUCGAAACCAAGUACGACGCUGGAGAGGAAAUUCUGAUCACUGUUCUGUCUGCAAUGAAUGAGGAGGCUGCAGUUGCCAUCAAGGCCAUGGCUAAAUAAGACACUACAGGUAAACACAGAAGCUUUCUGUAUCCCAACCGACGUACCUGUCACCCCUCACCUCAGUCAUACACACACUGCCUGUGACAAAAGUGGCUGGAAAUGUGUGGUAUGUGUGUGUCAUGCCAUGCAUUUUAUUUGUAUGUUUAUUUAUCAGCCAAGGCUAGGUACACUCUUUACUUUGCCUAACAACAUACUGAAACGCUUUGGCUGCUACACAGGCUACUUUCUUAUUUCAUUUACUAGGCUGUGUAGUGUUUAAGCUGACUACAGCAUAUGUCUGUUUUGAAAAACAUGGGGAAAUAACUGGACUGUAUACUGAGGAUGUCUUACAUGUUAAUUAAAUUAAAUCUCUGAAGAAUACCUGUGAAGCAAUAUGUUACAGCAAUGGACUUUUCUACCCCUUAUGCACUUUGUACUUGUUGUUAUUCAUUUACGGUAUUUAUGUACAAGCACAAUGUGUGUAUAUGUGUAUAUCUUGUAUAAAGAGUUGUUUUAAUAUAGA